GAUAAGUUGUAGCUUUAUAGAGGAAAAAGAGCAGAGUACCAACACGGAUCACCCUCAGUGCCACCAGUGCAGUCAUCCCAACCAGGACCCCAUCAACAGACUACCACCAGGAAAGCGAGAGGUCAUGGAGAAGUAUUUUAAACCGGUUCAGAGCCCAGCUGAGCUGGAUGAGCUCAAGCCACGGAAAAUCCACCAUCAUCGCCAUCAUCACCUUCACCAUAGCCAAGACACUCAGUCACACAGGUACUCAAAGUUUGAUGACACUGACAGGAACACAGAUGACAGCCGAGGGCAGCCUCGCCACCAUCAGCACAGUCACUAUCUCCAUGAAAGCCCUCGCCACGAUGGUCACUAUCGCCGUCAGUUUCACCACAGUGAAGAGGAUGAGAUCAUUUACGACCAUGACACCCCUGUAACUCUCUCAAGGGCUUCCUCUUCUUCCCUCUCAUCCUCAUCCUCUUCCUCCUGGUACACAGAGUCAAGCGCAAAUGAUCCUUUCACUCUUUGCCAUGCUGAGCGCCCACAGCAUUCUCUGUCCUGCUCCAAUAUCCCAGAUGUGCGCAUAGGUUUCCGGGAAGAUGAAUGCAGUGAGCCCAUUGUCUUUGCUACCGUCAAACACAGCAAAAAAGGCAAGCUGCUUCAUGAAAGCUCACAGCAAAGAGGGAACACUGGCUUUUCUGCUCUUGACAGAGGUCACAGUCGGAGCGAUGAAGCCUUUUUUCAGAGUAAUGAUAGUGGUGGAAGAGAACAAUCUAAGCAAAAUAACUAUGGGCCUUUGUAUAAGUCAGCUAGUUUGAACCGAUGUCUAGCUUUCAGUGAGGAAAACAUUCUUUUAGGGGUCUCCAGUGCCCCCAAGAGAGCAGUAUCUUCAAACCAGCUACCCAGCAAAGGGAUCCUCAAGAACAAGGAGACUCAUACUGACAUUCGUAAGACUAAAUCGAUGGAGGUGUUGUCCCCAAGAGUUGCUAAAGAACAAGGUCCUGGGCAGAAGGGUAAAGAAAUUACUCAAGCUAACAUAGAGCAAGCCAGGGCCAAUUUUCUGCAGGAGAAAUUACAGUUCUCUGCGUUUCUAGAUGAGAUUACAAAGAGCGUUAUAAGUCCAUCGUAUCUCACCAGCUUGGGUGUUAAUAAUAAUAAAACUCCUGCAAAAACAUCUGCCUCAGCCCCCACAUCUAACCCAGUUAAGCCUCAGCUCCCACCAAAAAAACACAGAAAAGCCCCAGUGGAGGAGACGGGUCAGCAUCCCAAACUGGCCAGCAGACAGGAGAAAGCACCUUUUAGUAGUUCUAGAAAACACUCAGACUGCUCCAAUCCUGACAAACUGAUUUCAUAUGCCAUGAGGAACCACCACGGUAGCCCACCGCCUCGUCACCACCCGCACUCCGCCGGCCAAAGCCCACACCACGGAAGCAACCGUAAGGACAGGAGGCCUACAUCAGGAGACAGAUUUGGCAGAGGUGGCCCUCACCUCACCGAUGAAACUAGCACCAGCCCUGAAACCAGUCAGUCCAAACAACGCCACCACCACCACCACCACCACCGAAAACAGCAGCAUAGCCAGCAUCCACAUAACCAGCACUUCCACCAACAGUCCUAUCCAGACUCUGGUCACCAAGAACCAAGCAACUCGCCUCCAACUUCAGCCCAAGGUGCAGAGGCAGGGGUCGGAUCUGAGUCUUCAUCCACAAAAUCAGAUUCAUCCAGGGCCAGGGACACAGCCUCCACAGCUACCAGCCACAGCUCAGAUCAGAGUGGUCGACACCAGCCACAACAUGUUGGGCACUCUCAGCAGCACAGGGAUGUGCUGUGUGAGGCUGACCAUCUUCAGGCACUGCAGGAGGAGAAUGCCGAUCUCCACCAGAACUUGCUGCAGACAGUGGUUUGCAUUGAGAGCCUGGAGGCAGAGCUGCAGAGGACCAGAGACGAGCUCAGUCAUGUCAAGGAGAAAUACAAAAGCCUUCUGCAAACACAUACUGGGACCAAGCAGGCCAAUAACUUGCUGGGGGAGCACCUGCACAUAGCGUCCGAGAGCCUGAGCAGUGAAAGGAAGUACUUGCUUAAUCGUGUGUCCAACCUGAGCUCAGAGCUGGAAGACGCCCACAGGACCAUUGCAGCCCUGGAGAACAUUAAUGUGCCAUGCUUGAUAAAGGAACUACUGGAGAAGCAUUUUGAUUCAGCUGAGGCUGUACAGAAGUUUCUCACAACCUCUGCUGCAAACAGCCAUUCUGCCCCCUCUCAGCAAACAGAUGGCCAGCCCCACCCUCCUAAAGCAGACAAAGCAGCAAAUGAUUGGCUGACAAAACCAGAGGCAGGUCCACAGAGGGUCACAGCUUUCACACCCUUUAAACAGAGUGUACCAGCAACAGGAAAUGAAUGCAGCCUCUUGGGUCAGCAUGAGCCGAGCCACAGCCUGCCUUUCUCUGUGGCUGAAAUCAGCACUGCUAUCUAUAAGAAAAUGGCUGCCAGUUAUGCUGCCAGGCCACAGCCUAUCUACCCCCAAAGCCAACAGCAGUCCUCUUUGGCCACUAAUCAUGCUGACACCCUUCUAGACCUCAGGCAGGGCCAUGUAGCUAGUGAUAACUGGGCCGGGAAGGAAGAGUUAAAGGUAACUCUUUUGGAGCAGGACACUGAUGAUGUGAACUCUGUGUCAGCCCAGCAGAUCCUGGAUGAUUUCAUGCAGCACCUGCAGUUACACAAGGAGGCUGGUGAAAGGAAGGAGCAACAGAGUGGGCAGAAGUGUAGGGCAGAAGUAACAGAGUGAAAAUGCCACAGGCACAGUGAACGUUCAUCUUAAUGCUUCGAAAUGUGCAUUUAUUCAUGUGUCUCAUGAAUAUCUGUCAGAUGGAAAUACUGUAUUUUGAAAAUGCUGUGGUUAAGAAAACUUGAACAUUAUGUUAUUUUAGGCUAUCUGUGGGCGACAAAGGAGGGCUUUGCAUAAUAGUCAAAAGAUUUUCAUACAAAAAAAGAAAGAAAGAGCCACAGCUACAUAAAAAACUGAGAAAAAUGGCAGUAAAAUAACAAAAUAACCAUUUAUUUUAUUAAAAAUAUGCUUUAUGUAUAAGUUUCUGUAGUAUUAAUUUACUGUCUAUUUUUUUUUACCUUUUAGUUUUCUUCCAAAUUGAUAGUGCAGGCAAAAGGUCAUGGGGGUAGCUGGAGCCUUUCCUAGCAGAUAGGUCACCAGUCUGACGUAGCACUGACACAGAGAGACAACUAGGGCCAGUUUAGAAUCACCAGUUCACCUAACCCCACUAAUUGCACGUCGAACCUUCUCGCUAACCACCUCGUCACCAUGCUGCCCACUUUAUACAGACAACAGAAGCGUUUAAUUGUCUCUGACAAUAGAUCAUUGACACUGAUGAGAUCAAAUGUGAUCACUUUUAACAAAUUUAAAAAACAGUGAAAGACUGGGAAUUUAAAAGCAGGAUACCUCAAGGCCUUCUGCUAAGUGAACAAUGAAACUAUAUUCAGUGAACGACUUUGAGUGACAUCGAGAAAACAACGUGAUUAAGGAAGCUAAUGCCCUUUUGGAACCCUCUUAAGUCUUGAGUCAAGGCAUCUCUUUCUUAAAGCAGCAGGUUACUGUACCAUCAGUGUCACUGGAGACUGUUUUAAUCUACAUUUAUUCAUAAUAAUUCAACCAGACUCAGUUGUUCGUGUUUCUGCUAUAUAUUUGUGUAAAAUAAGUCGCCAGGGACUGCUUUGGAUGGUUCAAACAGUCUAAAUAGCCCUCAUGUGAAAACCUCUUAAAAUUAAUAAGUGUACAAUGAAAAAUACUAUUUUGAGUUUACUGUGCAUUGAUUGGUUUGUGUAAAUAUCCAGAGAUUCAGUGUAAAUGUCUUUAAUUCAUAAAAAGAAAGUCAAAUAUUAUGAUUCAAAAAUGUUUUCUUUGUACUGUUGCAAGGUCUUUACCUUACAGUGUAAAGUGCCUUGAGGCAACUGUUGUUGUGCUUUGGCACUAUAUGAAUAAAAUUGGAUUGAAUUGAAUUGUUGACAGGGGAAAAUCCUUUCAAGCUGAUGUAACUGACAAAUGUGUACAGUUAAAAUACAAAGGCGUGUACAGCUAUUGUGAUGGUGUUUAUAAGCUUAACAGAACGUGUACACCUGGGAUCUAUGUGUUCCUUUAAUUCUGUGCUUAGCAUUCUUUGGUAUUAAUAUUGUUUUAAUCUAAAUCUCUCUCUACAUUUUGUCAUUAAAAAUACUUCUUCUUUGUGUAUUUGCAUCUAUUCUACCAAUAAAGAUAGUUUUGUUGAUG